UGUGUGUGUGUGUGUGUGUGUGUGAGAGAGAGAGAGAGAGAGAGAGAGAGAAUGGAGGCUGGGCUGCAGUCAACAUUACAAAAAGUGAGAGUUGGAUGAAGCGAGAGGACGUCGGGACGCUCGAACACAGCGAGAAGAUUCAUCAGCGAUCCUGUAUUACUAGCUGAGGAGAGGAUCUUCUGUCCAGAUGAGAGAGUGGACCGAGUUGGAGAUGAGCUUUUCAGCAGGGGGGUUUCUCUCCGCCUCGGAUGGUUACUGCUCCACCGAGCAGCUCCAGUACUACGACAUGCUGGCCGACCCCCUGGGGUACCCCCUGCAGGACCCCGAUCUCCAGCUGCUCCCUUACAGCCAACAACAGUACAGCCCCGGCAACAUGCCCUUCACCCUCUACAGCCCUCCGCCUUCCUCCACCUCCUCACCGUCCUCCUCCUCUUCCUCCUCGCAGCUCUGCCACCCCCAGUACCUGUACAGCUCUCACUGCCUGGAGGCCCCCUGCGAUCCCAGCCCCGAGCCCCACUGUGGAGGUCUGGUUCAGGGGCUCGGGGCGGUGGGACUGCCUCUGGGGCGGAGGUCGCGGGUGGGGUCGGGAGGGAAGGGCAGAAGUCAGGACGAGCUGUGCGUGGUGUGUGGAGAUAAAGCGUCAGGGUAUCAUUACAACGCUCUCACCUGCGAGGGAUGUAAAGGUUUUUUCAGGCGUAGCGUGACUAAAAACGCCGUGUAUCACUGUAAGAGCGGAGGGGGCUGUGAGAUGGACAUGUACAUGAGGAGGAAGUGCCAGGACUGCCGGCUGAGGAAGUGUCGCGCCGUGGGAAUGCUGGCUGAGUGUCUUCUGACGGAGGUGCAGUGCCAAUCCAAGAGACUGAGGAAAGGAGGGAAAGGCAGAGGACACGAGGAGGAGAACACAGACAGCCGGAGGGUCAGCUCGACCAGCAGACUACCUGGACAGGCUGUGUCGGCCAGUUUAACCCGAGAACAGAAGUACAUCGUGGACCGGAUGGUGGACGCUCAUCGACUGUACCGAGCACAGAACGGCAGCCACGGAAGGCUGCUGGAGUGGCCGUACGCGGAGGAAGGGGAGGUCCUGUCUGGUCUUGUGUCACCACACCUGCAAAGGCUGCUGCAGUUUGCCAGGACAGUGCCAGGUUUUGAGCUCCUGGACUUCUCAGAUCAAAGCUCUCUGUUGUCCAUCUCUUCACUGGAGGUCAUGUUUCUGCUCUCGGCUCAGCAGUUCUCCAACAACCCAGCGAGCCCCAGUCCAGCCCUGCAGCUUUUCACCACGUCAACACACAACUGGCUGAGAAAUGUAGAGUCAAAGGAAAACAUCCGCAGUAGCACGUUGGUCAGUUCAGGAGGCAGCGAGGAUCUCUUCGGGCCGGUGCUCAGCUUCUUCCACAGCAUGAAAACGCUGCGGGUGACGGAGGCCGAGUACAGCCUGCUCACCGCCACAGCUCUGCUCUGCUCAGACCGGGCGUCCCUGCAGGCAGCCAGCUGUGUUGAGAAAAUGCAGGAGCUGAUCCUGGACCUGCUGUCCAGGGUGUGUGGGGCCCAGGCCGGAGCUGCACGAGGGGGACCGCAGCGGUUCGGCCGCCUGCUAGGGAGACUGACGGAGCUCCGAACCCUCCGUCACAAUUACCUCCUCCUGACGAGACAGCAGCCCGGACCCUGACGGAAGUGAGACGCACCACCACUGCCAUCUCUGGGGAGUCGGAUGGUUUUGAAGUAUGAGCUGAGAAACAUUUUGAAAGUGCAAAAUUUUCACGAUAUUGAUCUGACAGUGUUGGAUCAACAGGCCUGACUUCCUGUUGCUGAAAAACUGACACACAAAUCUUCAGUCAUAUUUAAAUUUUAGCUCGUGGACUGCUGUAGUUUGUCUGAGCAAAGAAAUGUUUAUAGGUCUUUUUUAUAACUGGUUGUUUAUAGCCAACAUGUAUACGUACAGUACUUUUCACUAUGCUGAACAUUGUUAAAAUAAAAAGGAGAAUGCA